UGGUUGUAGUGAAAUAAACCGUCAAAUUUCUUCUAAUUUCCGUCCAAAUGUACAGACAUAUAAAACAAUACGUUAGAUACACGUGACGUUAAAGUGGUUUAGAUUUAAUAUGGCUCAAACAAAAAGAUCAUGGAAACUUCAGGAGUUUGUAGCUCAUGGGGCAGAUGUCCACUGUCUGGCCAUGGGUCACAAAUCUGGCCGUGUCAUGGUGACCGGAGGAGAAGACCGGAAAGUCAAUCUAUGGGCAGCAGGAAAACCUCACUGCAUUAUGAGCCUUACAGGACACACAAUGACUGUGGAGGCAGUGCGGUUUGGCCAUGCUGAAGAUAUGGUUGUAGCGGGCUCAUUAUCAGGGGCACUCAAGGUGUGGGACCUGGAACAAGCUAAAAUAUUGAGAACCUUGACGGGACAUAGGGCAGGAAUUACUGCUCUUGAUUUCCACCCAUACGGGGAUUAUUCUGCAUCAGGGUCAAUGGAUUCCAACAUCAAAUUAUGGGACAUCAGAAGGAAAGGUUGUAUAUUCACAUAUAAGGGCCACAAUAAUGGAAUUAACUGUCUCAGGUUUAGUCCCGAUGGAAGGUGGAUAUCAUCUGCUGGGGCUGACUCUGUCAUUAAGAUAUGGGAUUUAACAGCAGGGAAGCUGAUAACAGAUCUCAAAGGCCACAAAGGACCGGUGAAUGUGGUUGAGUUUCAUCCAAAUGAAUUGUUGCUGGCAUCCGGCAGUGCCGACAGGACUGUAAGGUUCUGGGACUUGGAAUCAUUCCAGGAAGUUAGUUCCACAGAGGGUGAUUCAACUCCAAUCAGGACCAUAAAAUUUCACCCUGAUGGCAUGUGUCUGUACAGUGGAAGUCGCGACAUGCUGAAGGUCUACAGCUGGGAGCCUAUCAUGUGUCUUGAUUCUGUCCCGGUCAACUGGGGAGAGGUGUCCGAUAUGGCUAUUGCAGAAAACCAGCUGAUAGGCGCAUCAUUUUUACACAGCAGUGUUUCCAGUUAUGUGAUAGCUUUAGAGCGUGUACAGCCAGUGGGUGGGGUUACCCAACAGGAACCAUCCCGUCAUUUAUCCAGUAGUCGCAAAAAUUAUGGAAUGGAAAGACCUGCAACACAGUCAACAAGACAGGCCAGUUUUCCGAAAGAGGAUGCCGAUGAGCCUGCGAAGAACCAGGUGGAAGAGCCGGGCAACAGCGUGUCGGCUGACAUUCAGAACCAGGACGACUACCGCGAACUCUUCCAGGUCAACUGUCGACGAAUCGAUGACAAAAACACAUGGCAAGUUGGGAAAAAGGCCAAUAAGGCCUUGUCACAGCCAAAGAAGGUGGAACCUUUUCGCCCACCGCCAGAUGACCCUCCAGCUGAGCCAGAGCCAGUGAAACAGAGGGCUCCAGUGAAGCCGGUCGAGCGACGAACAAACACACCCACGGAACGCAAGACGUCGGCCGAAUCAAAACGACCAGUGCCACAGGCAGAUAAACCUGAUGAUAAACCUUCUGGUGUGGCAGCUGAGGAUUUCCUACCAAAGCGAUUUGGCGGCAUGGAUAACAACUGUAACCUGACUGAGUCUGACGUGCUCGGGUCGCUGCAGAAAGGUCACGCCGCCAUGGAGCAGGUGUUGUCCAACCGUGGUCGCAACCUGCAGAUUGUCCGAGCCAUGUGGACUGCGGGCAACACAAAGACUGCUGUUGAUUCUGCUAUAAGUAUGAAUGACCCAGCUGUAAUGGUGGACAUUCUUAAUGUACUGAACUCUAAAACUGCUCUGUGGAAUCUAGAUCUUUGUACAAAUUUGUUACCACAACUGAAGGAACUACUCAGCAGCAAAUAUGAAUGUUAUGUUGUCACCACUUGUGCAUCCCUGAAGUUGAUUCUGAAGAACAUGGGCCCAGUGAUUAAGGCCAACCUGACAGCUCCACCCAGUAUAGGAGUUGAUAUAUCUAGAGAGGAGAGAUACAAAAAAUGCAAUGCAUGUUAUACCAUACUGAUGUCAAUAAGAAGUUCCCUGGACAAACAGCAGAAUCUUCAGGGCAAACUGGGAAGUACCUUCAAGGAGUUACAGAUUCUCAUGGGAAAUGUAUUAUAAUGGAGACAGUACAUUUCACCUAUACGACUGAACUGUUCAUUAUAAUGGAGACAAUACAUCCUAGCUAUAUGACAGUACUGUUCAUUAUAAUGGAGACAGUACAUUUCAGCUAUAUGACUGUACUGUUGAUUAUAAUGGAGAUGAUACAUCCUAGCUAUAUGACUGUACUCUUCAUUAUAUUAGUGACAACACAUUUCAGCUAUAUGACUGUACUGUUUGUUGUAAUAGAGACAAAAUACAUCCUAGCUAUACGACUGUACUGUUCAUUAUAUUGGUGACAACACAUUUCAGCUAUAUGACUGUCCCAUUCAUUAAACUACACUUUUUGUAGAUCUGCACGCCACACACAAAAUUUCUCAAGUUGUGAAACAGUUCAUCUACUUACAUUUGUCGAUUAACCCUUUCAAAGCCUCCGAAUGACCUUUGGACCUGACUGUCAGUAGGAUUAAUAAUGUGCUGAAGAAAGAACCCUAGGAGAGAAAGGGUUAAUUAAACACUGGUUGUUUGAUGCUGGUGUACAGAGGUUGUCUCUCUUACACUGUGACGUGUCUUGUGUCGGAGGGGGAGUGAAGGUUGGUUUGUGUAACUGCUUUGUGAAGAUGUUCACUGUACCGUGACCGGUGUGAUGACGGAGUGUCACCUGCGACGAUGAUGUGUUGGCCUCUUUACUGAGGACUUUAUUCCUAUGCACCAAAAAGUUUACUUACAUUCCAUCCAUCAGUUUAUUAGUUUUGCCUUUUUAACCAUUUCGGAGAAGAAAACCAUCUUACAGAUACAGAUAUGUUAAAUCUAUAAAUAUAUAUAAUGUAUAUAUUUUAAAAAACAUCACCACCACCAGUGUAGAUAUAUAAAAUAAGUGCUUGAUGCAUAUACCACAAAUGCACCAAUUUUGAAGUGAAAGAUUCAUGAAGUGUUUUCUGAAAUGUGUCGUAGGAGAAAAGUUUAAUUUUCAACAGAUUAAGGAUGAUUCCGACCUUCUAUGGAACGAUGUUUGACCAAUGUGUGUGAAAUCAAUGGAGCUAACUUAUUCUCCAAGGAUGACUACUGCUGUUGAUCAACCUUCGUGAAAACAGUAGUUUGAAUUAUUUGUUUCUAGAUUAUAGCAUUAAACUUAAAGGCAUUGAACUUGGGUCUUAAUGUACAAUCAUAAAUUUAUUUUACCUCAUAGACAAGACACCAAUGAAUAUAAUUAAAAAAUUGGAAAUAUUUCUUGAAAUCCAAGACAUUACAUAUUAAUGUUACAUCAAAUUCCACGCUUAUUUGGCUUAGUUUAUUUUUAAAGAAUGUAAAGUCAACUAGUCUUUAGAUUGAAACUAAGUAAGAGAAGAUAUGUUGAUAUAAGAUUGAUUUGUUUUUAGUUUAUAUGUUUAUUACUAAGCUCUUGUGAUUUGUGAUGGCCUCUCUGGGGGUUUUCUUGCAGAACACCGAUUUAAGGACAAAAAUUUUUUUUACCACUUGCACCUAUUUUGUUUUAAUUUUCUUUGAAUAUGCACAGAGAAAUUUGGUUUGUUUCUGUUCACAAAUAAAAAUGCAACAAUUGAAGAUGAAUUAUUGCCAAUUUUCGAAGUAUUACAUAUACAGGGAUGUGCUUAAGCUGGGCACAGCUAGCAAUCAUCCCAAAUUAGCACACUGCACUUUCAGCCAAAUUAGACUUUUUGCCUCGCAUUAAUAAUUUGAUAAGCGGGACGUAACACAACAGAAAAGUGUUCCCUUGAUGUGCGGUUGGUCUAGGAUCAAUCCCCGUCAGUGGGCCCACUGGGCUAUUUCUCAUACUAGCCAGUGCACCACAACUGGUAUAUCAAAGGCUGUGGUAUGUGCCAUCCU